AUGUCUACAGAAUCCUCGACGACUAUACCAAAUCUAACACCACCCAAAUACUAUUCUCCUAUUCUGCCCGCUCCGUUGAAUGAGAAACAAAAGGCUAUCUUUAAGGAACUAGAAACAUAUGUCGAAAGCAUCUUGUUACCAAAAGAUGACGCGUAUUAUCCGUAUGAACGUGCAUGGGUAACGGAAGCUUGUUUAAAAAGAUAUUUACGUGCUUCAAAAUGGCAUAUUUCUGAAGCUAAAGAAAGGAUAAAAUACACUUUAGAAUGGCGACGAGAGUAUAAGCCAGACCAAAUUGAUGAAGGGGAGAUGGUUGAAGAGAAUUUAACAGGAAAAAUGUAUUUGCACGGAUUCGAUAAACAUGGACGUCCAAUUCUAGUGCUACGGCCUGGUUACGAGAAUACAAAGGCGGGACCGUCACAAGUUCGUAACGUGGUAUUUUGGUUCGAGAAAGCAAUCAAAUUGAUGCCUGAAAAUGUGGAAACGAUCACAAUUCUUGUAGAUUUUGAUAAAACAUCUGCGCGAAAUAGUCCCGGUCUUGGUAUUGCAAAGGAAUUUAUGCAUGUCUUGGGAUCACAUUACCCCGAAAGAUUAGGACUGGCGUGUGUAAUUAAUGGACCAUGGUACUUCUGGACCUUUUUUAGAUUAAUCGGAAAUUUCAUUGAUCCAAUCACUAAAGAGAAAAUACAGUUUGUAAAUUUGCUGGAACCCGAGAAAGCCGCAAACAAGACACAAUGGGUGAAUUUAGAUACGUUUAUUGAUGCGUCGCAGUUAGAAGUAAAUUAUGGCGGAAAAAGUCAUUUUGCGUAUGAGCAGAAAGUAUAUUGGGAUAUUUUAUCGGAGAAGACAAAUUGA